AUGGGGGCAGGGCGUGUGCACGUGGUGGUGCUGGCCUGGCUCAUCACGUGGGAGGAGUACCAGGUGGUGGUGAUGCCACUGGCAGUAAAGGAAGCAUCUCAGACAACAGCUCCACACCAGUUGUUGUCUGAAAAGGACCUGCCUCAGGACUGAAACUUAUACCAGGAGUUUUGCAUAAGAGACUUUUGACAAUCAAAGCCUGAUAAACAUCAGCUUUUUCCUGGCCUACAACCCUGGAUGAAUAACAUUGAAGAGUUCCCGUUCUUAGAUUGACUGCAGAACCAAGCAGUGGAUAUGAAGAAAAUGGAGAAUUUGAAGAGAAAAGUGGAGUGGAAGGUGACAGAAAUGGUGGAGUCGGGGGGCAUGGAGGCAGAGCAGAAGCAGAAGCUCAAGCGAGAGUGUGAAGACCCAGAGCCGUCAAAAGUCAACGACUCAGCCUCGCUGCGGCAGUGCCUGGGACCCGGCUGUGUGUAUCCCACCCGGCCAGGCUCCAAGUACUGCUCGGAUGACUGUGGCAUGAAGCUGGCAGCUGACCGCAUCUAUGAGAUCCUGCCCAAGAGCAUCCAGCAGUGGCAGCAGAGCCCCUGCAUUGCUGAGGAGCUUGGCAAGAAAAUGCUCGAGCGCAUCCACCGUGAACAGGAGGACACCCACACUCGCCUGAAGGAGUUAGAGUGCCAUUUCAACGAACUUGAGGCCAUCAUUCUGCGUGGCAAGCAGCAGGCUGUGUGCGAAGAUGAAGAGAGCAACAAACCUGGCAGGAACAGCGUCGACCUGCAGAUCUGCUGUGUCUCCUGCGGGCAAGCCAUCAGUGUGCAUGUUGCCCUGCGCCACAUGGAGCGCUGCUUUGCCAAGUAUGAGUGCAAAUCGACCUUUGGAUCCUUGUACCCAACUUGCAUUGAAGGAGCCACAAGGCUCUUCUGUGAUGUUUACAACCCACAAAGUAAGAGAUACUGUAAGCGGCUCCAGGUGCUAUGCCCUGAGCACUCAAAGGACCCCAAGGUACCUGAGGAUGAGGUGUGUGGUUGCCCACUAAUGCAAAAUGUCUUUGAGUCCACUGGUGAUUUCUGUCGCCUCCCCAAACGCCUGUGCAACCUCCAUUACUGCUGGGAGAAGCUGAGACGUGCCGAGGUGGACCUAGAGCGUGUGCGCGCGUUGCACAAGCUGGAAGAGCUGAUGGAGCAGGAGCAGAAGGUGCGCACAGCCAUGAUGAAUCGGGCAGGGCUGCUGGCCCUGAUGCUUCACCAGACCAUCCAGCAUGACCCGCUCACCAGCGACCUGCGCUCCAAAGUGGACAACUGAGCCC